ACCGGUUCCGGGUCAAUUGUUCGCCGUGCGGGGGCCCUGGGGCUAGCGAAUGGCGAAGCUUAUCUGGCUGGCGUAUGACGUCAGUUCUAAAAAUACAACUGUUUCGACAUCAAGCGCGAAUGGCAUGCUUAGCCUGUACGGUGUGCCGCCUGGAUGGAUAGCUUCACUCAUCGACCGAGCAUAGCGUAGGGAGGACCGCGCUGCCCUUCCCUCCCCACGCCUGCCCUGUUUUUCGUAGCCGUAAGCGUGAAUCGGUCGAUCAAAUGUCUCCGCUCGCUGGAAGUGUGCUGUUGUGCGCUGGUACUGUAGUGAGUCUGUGCAGUGUUGUCGACUGUAGUUGUCGUUGUUGUUUGUGGUGGUACCGAGUUGUACGGCGAUAAUGCAUGCCCCUAUCGUCGGAUGUCGUUUGUGAGAAAGUCGUCCACCAGUCUGGCGGGAGCGUGGAGUAGUUAGAGCGCGCCCGUUGCAAACAGCAGUUCACGUGUGCCCACUGUGCUCAUCCUUGAACCGUGUCGGAGACAUAUCGUAGGCCCUAGAGAGAGUGUGUGUGAGAGAGAGAGAGAGAACGAACGAGCCUGCCUGCCUGCACAACAGCCAACCAAACCUCUCCCCACAAACACCCAGUCAAGAGGCGCACGCAACACAACAACACAACAGCAACUACGGACGGCGGAUCAACUUUUUCCAGGUUGCACGGUAUCGAUUUUUCUGGCCUGGGUGCUACUACUACUGCGCUGGUGUUAACCUUACCACCAGCUGGACAAGGUUAAACGGUGAUGCACAGUUGUUUGAAAACUAUCUCGACGGUCAUGAUGCGCCCCAGCACGCUGGAUAUCAAAACAAACUACCACGAUGGAUGCUACACGUUCAUGAGGGACGCUUACCGAUGCUGGAAGGCACGGGCGGAGUCGGGCGAACAACCCUACAUCGCGGAACUGUUUGCCGACCUGCAGCAGUCCCUUUCUAGGAAGCAAGUGCGGGACAUUUUGUUCACGAUGAAAAAUGUCACACGAGCUCCGGCGAUGAACACGACGCGUCCAAGCAGCGUGCAGACGCCGGUGGCCAACGCAACACUAUCGCUAUCAGCAGCAGCAGCAGCACCAUCACAACAGCAACCAAACCGGCAACAUUCACCGUCCCAGCAGCGAAAGGACAGACCGAACCGACCACCAUCACCACCGGGCGAACGGUUAACGUUCGGCGAGUUCACCGCGAUAGCAUCCUGUACGAAAUGUUUUGGCCGACAGUCAUCGUUCCAUGCUAUGAGGGCGCGUAACGUCGACGAACUGGGCAGCGUGUUGGCAAAUCACGCUGGGACGGCAAAGGACGGGGAACCGUCGCCCGGGCCGGAGGUGUUUCUCGGCGGUUCCUGCAAUCCCACGACCUGGCGGGCGGACGUGGCCAUACCGACGCUCGACCGGCUGGGCAUAUCGUUUUACAAUCCGCAAGUAUCCCACUGGACACCAGAUCUGAUCGAGCUCGAGCAUCGAGCGAAGGAAAAGGCGAAGGUGCUGUUUUUCGUGCUCGACUCACAGACCCGCUCGACGGCGGGGGCCAUCGAGGUGGCACACAUCGCGGGCCAGAACUCGAAAUAUUUAUUGCUUGUGCUACUGCCGUACUCCAGCAGACAGAAAAUUCUCAAUGAAACGCUAUUGGAAGACGAGUAUAUGGAUCUCAUGAGCAAUCAGCUAAUGCUAAGGCAACUGGUGUUGCGCCGUGGGCUACCGGUACUGGACAGUAUUCCAACCGCGCUGGAGCAGAUCAAGGAAGUGCUGCUGGGGAACUGCUGCCCGCAGCCGCCAGUCAAUCUAGCGUCACGCUUAAUCUCCCUGCGACGAACGUUCGAGCGCGUUGCCGCGGAUGUGACCGAGUCGGCCCGCAUCAAUCUAGCCCAGUGUCAGCAGGCCCUCGGCAGCUUAGGCUACCCGGCGAACGUCGGCACGAUGGGCAACAUUCAAAACAUUCUGCUCUGCUACGAGGAGGUGACCGGGCUGGACGUGCAAACGCAGCUCAUCCGACGGGGCGACGCGGAAAGCGUACUUAUCAGCUUCGAGGAGUUUUGCAUCAUCGACGCGUGCGUGUCGAUACUGAUGCUGGACUUUUACGAGCACAACUGCACGUCACCGAUCAAGGGCACGAACCUGCAGCAGCCGCCGGUGUAUUUGACAGAUUUGCAAGCAUGGAAUCACACGAAUCCGGAGCUUUCACCGUUUGAAAAUGGUUCCCUCAAGAGCCCGCGAACGUUUGUGUUGCCGAAAAGUGGGCACGAACCCGCAGUCAACGGUACAACCGAUCCCAGUGCGGUGGCGGCGGCGGCUUCGGUGGCUGGCCCACCGAGCAGUCGUAGCAGCAGCGGUAGUAGUGAACUCAACCACACCACCACCACCACCCCCCUAUCGGUCGACGCGGGUCCGGGUGGGGAGGAGCGAAAGCUCCACUCUCCCGUGCCACUGCCGCCCGCGAUCGAUGAACCACGUGCAUUUACAUUCGACGGCGAUCCGUUCGGCGAUGACGGCGAUGACGGCGAACCACUGCUCGGGCGCAUCGAGCCGCGGGACGUGUAUCUCGGGGGCAGCUGCUGGAUGAAGACGAGCUGGCGGCAGCGGUGGGCCUUCCCGAUGCUGAAGCGCCACAAUCUCAGCUACUACGUGUCGGCCCUGCACGAAGGGUUCUGCUGCGGCAAGCCGGAGCAACCGGUCGGCGGUGAUGGAAGCGCCGGUCAGCAGCAGCAGCAACAGUUUGAUCCCCAGAGCACGCUCCGGUAUGAUGCCGCCAUGCUGGACGCUUGCCGCAUCGUCAUAUUCGCGAUCACGAAUGAAACCCGAUCUUUAGCACCCAUGACAAUGGCCGCACACUACAUCGGCCUCGGCUACAACGUUGUGCUGUGCGUGCAAAUGCUUCCCUCGAACGAAUCGGCACCGAACGGGCACAACACAACACUCUCCUCCUCCGCCAUCAAAGACUACAACCGCGGGCGGGCCUAUUUGAUUGAUCUGGCCAAACGGCACGGCAUUCCAGUGUACGAGGGCUUGGAGGAAACGUUCGACAGCGUUAUCAGCCGGUUAAGGAACGGUACUGUAAGAUACUCAACCUAGCAUCGAAUCGAACUCUCACAUCCCGCUCCAUCCCUCUCCGCCCUCUGCGCCCUCUCCGGUGUACCCGCUUAAUGUGAUUUAGAGUUUAUUUUAUUGCCUGUUUUUUUUUUUUUAACAAACCCAACAAACCGAAAUACUUUAAACUAAUUAUACACCACAACACACAACUACACACCACACACACACAUACACCCGAACGGAAAACCGUUAAAGAAUAAGCAAAAAUAACAUAAUUUAAUAAUUCUCAAGCACAAAACACGUUCACGCAACACAUCGCAA